ACAACAGAAAGUGCAUCAAUCUGCAUGUUUCUCCGGCAUGAAUGAGGAAUUUGGAGCCUUGGAUUGAUACGGAGGGUCGCUUCAGCGCGUCUCAACUCCUCCCGCGGUCACUAUACGAGGGCAUCAUGUGGCCACCACCAGCCUGGCAGACGCGCUGCGCACAGGCUAUAUAAGCUCGGCAGCUGUCAGGUGGAGGACACUGGCAGCUCUGCACUGCAUUGCUCUGUUCUGCGCAGGGAGAUUACACAGCUUCUGCAGAAAACACAUUAGCAAUGUCUCACGCUUGGGGAUACGGAGCGGAUACCGGACCCGACAAAUGGGCUGACAGCUUCCCAAUCGCGAACGGACCCCGCCAGUCUCCCAUCGACAUCGUUCCGGGUAAAGCAUCGUACGACCCGGCGCUGAAGCCGCUCGUCCUGAAGUACGACCCGUCCACCUGCCUGGAGAUCCUCAACAACGGCCAUUCCUUCCAAGUGACCUUCCUAGACGACAUCGACAGCUCAACUCUGAAAGACGGACCCGUCUUAUUUAACCACAGACUGAAGCAGUUUCAUUUUCACUGGGGGGCUUCAGACGACCACGGGUCUGAACACACUGUGGCCGGGACCAAAUACCCAGCUGAACUCCAUCUGGUGCACUGGAACACUAAAUAUGCAAACUUUGGGGAAGCCGCCAGUCAACCUGAUGGGCUCGCUGUAGUCGGAGUCUUCCUAAAGAUUGGUAAAGAAAAUCCUAAUCUCCAGAAACUUAUUGAUGCAUUUGACUCAAUCAAGACCAAAGGCAGCCAAUGUCCCUUCGCUGACUUCAACCCUGAGACGUUGCUGCCUGGUUGCCUGGACUACUGGACGUACGAGGGCUCGCUGACCACGCCUCCUCUGCUGGAAAGCGUCACUUGGAUCGUCUGCAAAGAGCCAAUCAGCGUCAGCUCUGAGCAGAUGGCCAAGUUUCGCAGCCUCCUCUUCUCCUGUGAGGGCGAGCCUAAAUGCUGUAUGGUGGACAACUACCGCCCUCCGCAGCCACUCAAAGGUCGCACUGUCCGUGCUUCCUUCAAGUAGUUCCCAUCCCCCUCUCCUGCCCUUUUUCCUCCCUUCCCCCUUUCAGAAAGACCUUUGUCUGCUGCAAACCAUAGGAAAAAAGACAUAUCUCUCUCUGUCCAGCUCUAAAACUCAAACUCCUGUAAAACCGCUGAAUUUAUUUCUGAACCCAAGAAGCAUGACCUCUUAAAGUUUAUUUUUAAAGGGGCAAUAUUAUGUACUUUCGGACACAUAGUGCCAUAAAAUGCUGUCAGGAAAAGAAAUUUGACUUUGCAAUUUAACACCUUGGAAUUGGGCCUCUGUCUCUUUAAGAAGCUCCUGCUUUUUUGGAAACUCCACCUUCAGGAAGUCAUCACAACAAAGUUUUUCCAUCAAACCUGUAUAGCAACAUUUUCACCAGCAUUUCACUGAGAAAUAGUUUGUAUUAUGAGCUCAGAAAAAUGACUCAUUGCUAAUUUCUGCUGACAUUAGUCUCCGCUCAGUUCCCUGAAGCGUUUCUGCACACAAAAAGGCUGCCUGGGGAGGUAAAAAUAUUUCUCAAAUACACAUAAAAUAAUCAAACCAACACUCCAGUUAUGUUUUUGAUGAGGGAUUAGGGAUUAGCAUUAUAACAAGCUCAAAAUCUUUACACAACGCUGCCUCUUUAAAGUCAAACAUGUCAUGUUGGCUUAAAUAUUUUCACCAGAGUGAUGCGCUGCAGAAACCACAGGCUGCAUAGCUCCAGUUAAUGGGGGAGGAUAACAGCAUAUCACCAUGUGAGAGUUACAAGGUGCCAAACGUGGACACACAGACAUGAGGACACUCCCGCUGCCAAUCUAGCUGUAAUCUCUAACUGCCUGCCAGCCUCUGCAACACAGCAGCUUACUGAACCGCUGCAGCCGCCUCCACUGCAAGUGAUUGACUUAGAAAAUCCUCCUCUGGCUCACACUCCGAUACACACACACAUACACACACGUGCAGUCCCAUGCAGACAUGCAGCCUGAAGGCAUUGACCUCCUUAUUGGUUCAAAUUAUGCAUAAUGGCUGACAGCUCCAUGACAGUAACUUGUAACUUUUAUUUUUACGGUCUAUUUUCUUUAUUUUUAUGAUGAAUUGUCUUUUAAAUCCUGACAGCUCUUUUAAUAAUUCUUAAAAAAUGCAUUGUGACAAAAAAAUCACCUUCUUUUUUUGCUUAAAUCCUGACAAUUAUAGCAGUAAGGAGCAUAUUGACACAAUUGUUGCGUAUAGAUGCACUGUAGCCCUGUGGCCAUACAGCAUAGCAGCUAGCAUUAAACGCCAAUGAAGAAAUCGUCCUGAGAGGAAAACAUGAGAGGAAUCUGCCAAAAACAGAAGAACGUCCUGUCAGCCUUGUGUUCUUUACAGGAGAAUGAUUUACAAAACACCCUUCAGGACGUCUGGGUUCAGCACUUGUUCCUCCAGAAAGAUUUUAAUGAUAUAUGUAAUAGAAAUGUGAAUGAGUAAUGCAGCUGUUCCAGGUGUGUAAUGUUAUUCUUUGGGUAUAGACAUUUAGUUGAAUAAAUACAUUUUAAGAUUAA